AUGAACAGAGGGUAGAAACAAGAUGGUGGACUGUUGAUUUCGGUUAUGUAGAUGGAGAAACAGAACUAAAGAUAAGUUAGAAUCGCCUGAGUUGUAGAAGGGAGGAUCAUUGCCAGUGUGGUUAGCAGGUGAGAAGCAGUGUAGGUUGCACCGUUGUUGGUCAGGAAGAAGUCUUGUGAGGAAACUGUAGAAAGGGUGGUUCCUGUUAUCUGUAUGGGUCUGCCAUCCUCCCUACAUUGCUCUAUGCCUCAGAAACGUAGACAGUGUUACAGUGUACAGAAAACAUGCAAAGAAACUGAACCACUUCCACAUGACAUGUCUAAGAAAAAUACCGAAUGUCAAAUGGCAGGACAAAAUACCAGAUAUUGAAGUCCUUCGAAGAGCGGGUCUGCAAAGCAUCCACACUAUCCUAAUGCAGUUCCAGCUGAAUGGAAGACCGCUGCAUCCCUAAAUGACUCUUGCAUGGCCAACUAAGCGAAGGAAAACGCUCGCAAGGCGGUCAAAGAAAAUGCUCCAGGGACACCCUCAAGGCUUCUCUGAAGGCGUUCAGCAUAGACCCAGCCACCUGGGAGACAGAGGCACAUGUCAGAGCAUCAUGGCGUCGCGAUGUGAAAACUGGCGCACAGGUUGCUGAGGAAAAGAGAAAACGCUGGCAGAAGAAAAACGCCAGAGAAGAAAAGCAAAGCCAAUGACACUAGCUCCAGCUGGAAUAACCUGCCCAGUGUGCAGCCGAACAUUCCGGGCUCACAUAGGUCUCACCAGCCACAUGAGGAGGCAUAAAACCCCAGUGCAAAGCCCUCAGCCCCCUGGAUGACAAAGUGGUCUUCAUCGAACCACGAUGGACGUACUCUACUACUCUGUAUGUAGACUAUCCGGCAAUCCUCCCAACACUAGCGUUCUUGACUUUGAGACAACGAUAAGAUAAAGAGCGUUCAGACACGUGUAAUGAUACAAGUUGCCACAGUUGUGAACAUUAGUGAAGUGUUUUAACGUAUCCACAACUGAAAUGUUUUACCAUGCCAUUGAUUUCUUUCAAUUCACUCUGCUGAUCACCGAUUUUUGUGAUUACUCUUUUUAUCAAGCCUGAAUGUAAUUGAAAAUGAAUUGCGCAAAAUUCAAAGGGAGAAAAGUCAAUGCACAAGAAAAAUAAAAUAGGAUCAAAGAGAGCUUCAUUGCUGCUCCUGUCCUUAAACAGUGCAGUGCACUUCAGAUAUAACACUACAUCUUUUGUCCAACGAGCCGGUGACUUCUGUUGGCCAAUACGCCUGAACACAACCUGGACGUCUACGUCAAGGGUGGAAUGCGCCAUCAGAUGCUUGCAAAGUUACAAAGAUAACUGCAAGUGUUUUGUCUAUAGUAGAGAGACAAGCCUCUGUACGCCAUGUAGUGGACUUACUGCCAACUUGACUUACUUCACAGACGAUGGAGAUGUCUACCUAGUUGAUUCUUGUAGUCUCUAUCCAGACUUUAGCUAUCACAACUACUCUAGCGGCACCGCCACAGUCUAUGCAGCCUUUUACUCAAAUAAUUUGACCUACGCCCAGGCUGAAGACACCUGCCGCUGCAUGAAGGCUCAGCUUUUCGUGGCCAAGUCCUGGGAAAAGUUCUUAGUGUUUGCCUCCAUGGCUGACUCUGCGCUGGAAUACUGGAUAGGUCUGGACGAUAGGGCACAAGAAGGAAACUUCGUCUGGGCAGACGGACAGGAGAUCAAUUCGUCUCUGGAGUCUAUGAUGUUUGCAACCGACCAGCCAGACAACGGUGACUACGGGCCCGAAAACUGUGUAUACAAACUUAAAAGUGGUGCAGACGAAAACCCAGUUCUAAAUGAUGGGUUCUGUGAUCUUCACUUGCCAUACGUUUGUGAGAAACCCCAAUGCUAACGAUGUGUGAGUUUUUAGUUAGCAUAGCAUAAAUAAUCCAUAACUCUAUAGAAGAAAGUAGUCUACUCGAGAAAAACAGUCAAGUCUAAAUACACGUUAUAUAGUGGACAUCAAAACUAGAAAGAUAACAGCCUAGUCUAGACCAGUGUUUACACAGUAAAUUGAAACGUAAUACCUUUAACUGACUUUUACGAAUCUACUACCGGAGUAUUUACUUGUUUUAGAAACAUUACUAAUAUUGUAUUACAGAUGCGUGUAGCAGUCCAAGUUGCAUUGACUUCCUCAAGGUUAAGGACAGUCUACAAUUAGAGAUAUAUGUGUAAUACACUUCUUUCUUAUUAAAAUUCAAUGAGAGUUGUUUCUCUUGACAACUGUGAAAGAAUGCUUUUAUUUAAAUAAUUCUGAUCUCACUUACUUAAAUUAGGAAUAAUAUAUAGGAUUUCCAUUUUAUAAAAGCAUAAAUGAAGUUUUCUUUGAAUGUAUCUGUAAAUAUAUAGAGACACAUUUAUUUUAAGACUUACUAUUAUCUUAUAUUUUGAUUUCUAGCUAGAAUCAUUACUAACAUAUUUUUUGAAAUCAUGUAGGGCUCAACUACUUUUCGAAUCAAAUAUUUGUGGUGCUCACCUAUUUGUUUAUUUCUAGCCAGCAUCAUUUGUAACAAAACUAUUUACUCUAAUGUCAAAGGAUUUUUCUUUCACUGUCUAUAAAAUGUUAUCAUUUACAUUGUGGUUCAACUCUUUUCAAACACCAAUAUAUGAAAAAUAAUUUAAAAAAUAAAUAAAUAU